AUGGCGUUGUCGAGGCUUAGACAUCCGGUGAUCUCUCGAGCCCCUUCGCUGCUCAGGGCUCGUUUUGUAUAUUUUUCUUCCACUCAUCCAUCAUUCUAUCGUUCCAGGAUGCUGAUCUCUGAUGCUGAUGUUGAGGUCACUUUGUUAAGGCCUACUCUUUUUCCAAUGGUCAAUGGAGUUCAUAACAUUUCUUCUAAGCUGAAGUGGCAGAGCGGUGUCCGAAAUUAUUCAUCUUCAGAACCACCUCAUUUAGUGAUUCAGAUGCCAGCUUUGUCUCCUACAAUGACUCAAGGUAACAUUGCAAAGUGGUGGAAGAAAGAGGGAGAUAAGAUAGAAGUGGGGGAUGUGAUAUGUGAAAUAGAGACGGACAAAGCUACCCUUGAGUUUGAAUGUCUUGAAGAAGGGUUUCUGGCCAAGAUACUAGUUCCUGAAGGUUCAAAGGAUGUGCCUGUGGGACAGCCUAUAGCAAUUACGGUCGAGGAUUCAGAUGAUAUAGCUAAUGUUCCUGCUGCUGUUAGUGGAUCAGAAGUUAAAGAUAAUAAACAAAAUAUCAAACAAGAAGACGGUGAACAGGAAUCAAGUUCUGUGAACAUUAAGACAUCUGAACUUCCUUCUCACAUUGUUCUCAACAUGCCAGCACUAUCCCCAACCAUGAAUCAGGGUAAUAUUGCCAAAUGGAGGAAAAAGGAAGGCGAUAAGAUUGAGGUGGGUGAUGUUAUUUGUGAAAUAGAAACAGACAAAGCUACCCUUGAAUUUGAAAGCCUUGAAGAGGGGUUCUUGGCCAAAAUAAUAGCUCCUGAAGGCUCAAAGGAGGUAGCUGUGGGACAGCCCAUUGCAAUAACUGUUGAGGAUCCUAAUGACAUCGAAGCUGUAAAAACAUCUGUUAGUGGUGGUAUGGGUGUCAAAGAAGAAAAACCUAUCCAACGUAGUACUACCAAGGAAAUAAAAACUCAAACGAGUUUCACUCGAAUUAGUCCAGCUGCAAAGUUACUAAUCACAGAACAUGGGCUGGAUGCAUCAUCUAUAACAGCAUCUGGUCCUCGCGGAACUUUGUUGAAGGGGGAUGUUUUAUCUGCAAUAAAGUCUGGCAAAGGAUCAGCCAGAAUCUCUGAACCUGAGAAGAAAAUUUCUCCAUUAUCUUCACCCCAGCCGUCGACUUCUUCCUCGAUGUCAUUAGGAUCAAAAUCUGAUGUACAACGGACAGAGGCUCAUGAAGAUUUGCCUAAUACUCAAAUCCGAAAGGUGAUAGCAACACGGUUGUUGGAAUCAAAACAAUCUAUACCUCAUUUAUAUUUGUCCACAGAUGUUAUACUGGAUCCUCUUCUCUCCUUUAGGAAGGAGCUUAAAGCAAAAUAUGAUCUUAAAGUCUCAGUGAAUGACAUUGUCAUCAAAGCUGUUGCUAUUGCAUUGAGAAAUGUACCAGAAGCAAAUGCUUACUGGGAUGCUGCAAAGGGCGAAAUAAUUUUAAGUGAUUCAGUUGACAUAUCCAUAGCAGUUGCUACAGAGAAGGGCUUGAUGACUCCAAUUAUCAGGAAUGCAGAUCAGAAAUCCAUAUCAUCAAUUUCCCUAGAGGUCAAGGAACUUGCUGAAAAGGCACGGGUGGGAAAGCUUAAGCCAAAUGAGUUUCAAGGUGGCACUUUCAGCAUUUCAAACUUGGGGAUGUUUCCUGUGGAUCAUUUUUGUGCAAUUAUAAACCCUCCACAGACUGUCCUAGAAAACAAUCUCCUGCAGAAUUUUUGCUGUAGGAGAAUAUCAUUCGGAUCCUUACGAGAAAUUUUCAAUGCUCAUGAUAAUUCAUUUCCCAGGACAAAGAUCAAUCGGGCAGAUUGCCUCGUAGAGAAAUAA